CCUCCAGCAUCAUUCAUUCGUUGCACUACGAAUCAGUAAGCCAUUAGACAUGUCGAAAGUGUUCCUGCCCGUCCUGGCCAUCGUGUUGGUCUUCUCCGGCGCCUCGCAGGCAGCCAGCCUGGAGUGGCCCUCCAACCUGGUGGCCCUCAGCUCGGCCAAGUCGGCGCAGCUGCUGCCGAUUGCCAGCGAGGAUUCUAUUGAGCUUGCCCAGGGCAGUUCCGGCUCUGUCGUCCCAUCUGGUCCGCAGGAGGAGCCCUCUCAGGAGUCGGAGGAGGAGGAAGACCAGCAGCAGCUCUCCCAGUCGUCUGCCGGCAGCUCGGAGCCCAUCGAUGCUCGUCUGAUUAGCUCCAGCAUUCCCGUAUCCGUUCCCCUGCCCCUGAUUGUGGCCGCCCGUAAUGGACUCCGCACCGUUCUGACCAUUCAAGAGCCCGCCGUGGCCAAGGUGGGUGAGGUGGUGCAGCACGUGCCCACCGCCGUCUCCCACCAGAGCCAGACCGUGGUGCAUGACCACCGCCGCCUGGUAACCCCUAUUGUGGCUCCGGCUGUGCGCACCACCCAGGUGAUCCGCCAGCAGCCCCUUCUGUGGACAAUCGGCUCCUCCGAUCCCCGAGUGGUUCUCAUCCGCAACUAAACGGCCAUCGAAAAACGCUGGAUAAAAGCCAAAGAUCGCCAAGAUGAACUCGCCAAAUCAAUGGAACAUUCUUUAACACUCUUUCUGGACUUGCUCUGUUAACCCACUACUCUUUGUCUUCUCUGUCUGUCUCUUCUGCCAUUUUCUGUAGAAUUCUUCUUCUGUAGAGUGCUUUUAGUAAAGAUUUCGCAAUUGCA